CGGUCAUUAGAUCAGUCAAGCGCAGGCGGGCGCACCUUGCUUUACAACGAGCGAGAUAAACCGGUUCAGCGCUAGUGCCCCCCUUUGGCUUAUUCACUUUUCACAUUGUGGCAGACAGACAUAACACAUUCUCAAUUGGGACAGGUAGUGUACCCCGCAACACCACACAAAGAAGAUUACUAUCCUUCUUACCUUUUCUACCAUCAUCAUUCUCACCAUCUCAAUCAUAACGGUGACCUACCACGUAUGCUAAAAGGCUUUUUGCAGUGAUCAUACAAAAAGCAAACAGGUAGUCUAUACAAACAUAACAAAACAAAACAAACCACUCUUUUCCUCUUCUCAUCAUGUCUGAUUUCCCCGUUACAGAAAACGGUAAGAUCUCCUACAAAGGCCGUGUGGCUAUCGUCACAGGUGCAGGAAAUGGUUUAGGUCGUGCAUACGCUUUGGCUUUAGCCUCUCGUGGAUGCAAAAUUGUAGUAAACGAUUUGGGACCUUCAACACAAGACAAAAAUCGUAAAGCAGCCGAAGUUGUCGUUGAAGAAAUUGAAAAAGCAGGAGGUGAAGCAAUCGCAAACUUAAACUCAAACUUGGAAGGUGAUAAAAUCGUACAACAAGCUGUAGACAAAUGGGGAAGAAUCGAUAUCUUGAUCAACAAUGCAGGUAUCUUGCGUGAUAAAUCUUUCAAAUCUAUGGGCGAUCAAGAAUGGGAUGCCAUCACCGCAGUUCACAUCACAGGUUCAUACAAAUGUGCACAUGCCGCUUGGCCUCAUAUGCGUAAGCAAAAGUUCGGUAGAAUUAUCAACAUUGCUUCCGCUGCCGGUAUUUAUGGUAACUUUGGUCAAGCAAAUUACAGUGCUGCCAAAUUGGCAAUGGUUGCCUUUUCCCGUACUUUGGGUAUCGAAGGUGCAAAAUACAACAUCUUUGCAAACACAAUCGCUCCAAUUGCUGCCUCUCAAAUGUUGGCAACAAUUAUGCCAAAAGAGAUCUUAGAUCAACUUAAACCAGAAUUCGUUGCACCUUUGGCUGUUUUCCUAUGUUCAGCCGCAAAUGAAGAGGUCAACGGUCAAUUGUUCGAAUCAGGUGCCGGUUUCGUUGCUGCUUUGCGUCGUCAACGUAGUCGCGGUGUUGUCUUCAAGACUGACGAUUCAUUCACGCCUGCUGCCGUUCGUGAAAAGGUUGAUGAAAUCUUGGACUUUGACAACGAACCAGAAUAUCCUGAACGUGUCACUGAUGCAAACCAUAUGGACUUCCUCGAACGUGCCAAAGCAGCCAAGCCAAACGACCAAGGUGAAGGACAAGUCAAAUUCGAUGGUCAAACCAUCCUCGUUACAGGUGCUGGUGCAGGUUUGGGUCGCGCUUACUCUCUCUUGUUCGGUAAGAAUGGUGCAAACGUUGUUGUGAACGAUUUCUCCGAAAAAGCAGCUCAAGCUGUUGUUGACGAAAUCAAGAAAGCAGGCGGGAAAGCUGCACCUGCCGUUGGUUCCGUCGAAGAUGGUGACAAGAUCGUUCAAGCUGCCGUUGAUGCAUUCGGUGGAUUGCAUGCAGUCAUCAACAAUGCCGGUAUCUUGCGUGACAAAUCCUUCGCCUCUAUCGACGAUAAGGGAUGGCACGAUGUGGUCAAUGUACACUUGCGCGGUACAUACAAGAUUUGCAAGGCUGCAUGGCCAAUCUUCCUUAAACAAAAGUACGGUCGUAUUGUCAACACUACUUCUGCUGUUGGUAUUUACGGUAAUUUUGGUCAAGCAAAUUACUCAACCGCAAAAGGUGGUAUCUUGGGUCUCACCCAAACAUUGGCUAUCGAAGGUCAAAAGAACAACAUUUUGUGCAACACAAUCGCACCAAAUGCAGGUACCGCAAUGACUGCUACCAUUUGGCCUCAAGAGAUGGUAGAUGCAUUCAAGCCUGAAUUCGUCGCUCCUGCCGUUGGUUACUUGGCAAGUGACUCCAACACUGAACACACCAAGCUCUUGUUGGAAGUUUCAGGUGGUUGGAUCGCUGCCGUUCGCUGGCAACGUACAGCCGGUCACGCCUUCAGUCACAGCAAGGAAUUGACACCUGAACAAAUCCAAAAGAAGAUCCCUAAGAUUAUGGACUUCAACCCAGAAACAUCAGUUUACCCUGCCUCAAAUCAAGAAGCAAUGACUGAAAUUAUGGCCAACAUCGGAACUGAUUCUCAAGAAGAGGAUGAUGAAGAUGAAGGAGGUGACAAUUACGAUGACCCAGAAGAUUCUGAUAUCGUCAAAGAAGCAAAGAAGGAAAGACCCGAUGCAACUGAAUACGAAUACAGCGAAAGAGACGUCAUCCUUUAUAACUUGGGUAUCGGCUCAAAGGCAGAAGAGCUCAAUUACGUCUAUGAAGGUGCAGAUGAAUUCCAAGCUAUUCCCACGUUUGGUGUUGUGCCAAUGUUUGAUGCAAUGAGCACUUUCCCAUUGGACUUCUUGCCAAACUUCCAACCAACAAAAUUGCUGCACGGUGAACAAUUCUUGAAGAUCUUGAAGAGUCCCGUUCCAACAAGCGGUACCUUGACAUCCAAAGCACAAUUGAUCGAAUGCUUGGACAAGGGCAAGGCUGCCAGUGUUGUUUUGAAGGUGAUCACAAGUGAUAGCAGUGGUGAGCCAGUCUUCGAAAAUGUUUCUACAUUGUUCAUCCGUGGAAGUGGUGGCUUUGGUGGAAAGAAGCAAACAUCACGUAAAGAUGAAACAGUGGCAGCAAACAAGCCACCACAACGUGAACCAGAUGCAGUUUUGAAACAAAAGACGACUACCGAUCAAGCUGCAUUAUACAGACUUUCGGGUGACAGUAACCCAUUGCACAUCGAUCCAAGCUUUGCAUCGAUGGGUGGAUUUGAUAAGCCAAUCUUGCAUGGAUUGUGUUCGUUUGGUGUUUCUGCUCGUCUUUUGCAAAACAAAUUUGGUUCGUUCAACCAAAUCAAAGCAAGAUUUGCAGGUACCGUUUUGCCAGGAGAAGAAAUCACCGUCAAAGCAUGGAAAGAUGGAGAAAAGAAGGUCAUCUUUGAAAGCUGGGUCGGCGAUCGUCAAGUUUUGAGCGCUGCAGGUAUCAUCUUGGCUUAAGAGAGAUCCUUUCUCUCUUCUUUGUAGAUUU